AUGCUGGGCCUCUUCGAGAACGCCGCCAGCUCAUCCCCACUUGCAGAUCGCAUCAAGGUAGACGACGAUCUGCUGCGAAAAUUCAAAUGCGACGAGUGCGGGAAGGCGUUCAAGUUCAAGCACCACCUCAAGGAGCACAUUCGGAUCCAUUCGGGGGAGAAACCGUUUGAGUGUCCCGCAUGCCAAAAGCGGUUCUCCCACUCCGGCUCCUACUCCUCCCAUAUGAGCAGCAAGAAGUGCACGCCCGGAAAUGGCAGCCCCUCGCUAAAACAAGGUCUUCCAACAAUGGUGCCCCAAUCGGCGAGCCCGGGCAGCGGUGGUGGCCUAUUCGGUGCCUCCGAUCAACUUGCCAAAAAAGAGGAAGACAAAUCGAUCUUCGGGCUGAUGACCCCACCGAAAACCGAGGGCUCCGAAUGGCGGCCGAUGAGGUCGAGAUCGUUCCUCACCGAUGCUCAGGUGUCAAUCCUGCAGAGCCACUUCCAGCGCAACCCGUUCCCGUCAAAGUACGACUUGGCGGCGUUGGCCAUGCAGAUCGGCGUCAACAAGCGGGUCGUACAGGUGUGGUUCCAAAACACGAGGGCCAAGGAGCGGCGCACCAAUCGGACAUUUGAUGAAGCCAUGAGCGACGAUGAGAAAAUGUCGGAAGGCCCGGAAACACCCCUGGAUCUAUCCCUAAAAGAAGACGAGGAGGAUGAGGUUGAGCCCCAGGAUGAAGCCGCCGAAGACCCGCCACGACCCUCGUCCUUGACUCAACCACCAUCAGCCCUUGAAGCCUUCCUCGAACAACAGGCCGAUGCGGUCCGGAAAGCGCUUGAGGAAGCCAAAGCCGAGCCCUCCAAGCCGGACAGCUUGAGCCCGUCGGCGGCCCAUUCCCCGGCCCCUUCAGCCACAUCCCCAGCCACGACCUCCUCGACGUCGUCCGGCAUCUGGCCCACCAACUUUUUCCUCUCCCAAUAUUCGCUGUUGGGCACGCAGGGGCUCGCCGAUCUCAGGAAGGUGCUCGAUAGAGGAGACGUGGAGUCCUCUCGCUCCCCCACACCCCACAAGCCCCGAUCAACGACCAGCGCCGAGGAGGGCGAGGGCCUAUUCGCGUGCGAUCGUUGCGAGAAGGUCUUCGGCAAGCAGUCCUCACUUAAUCGCCAUAAAUACGAACAUUCCGGCCAGCGCCCAUACAAAUGCGACACGUGCGACAAGGCGUUCAAGCACAAGCACCACCUCACCGAGCACAAGAGGCUGCAUUCGGGGGAGAAGCCGUUUGAGUGCCUCAAAUGCCACAAGCGCUUCUCCCACUCCGGCAGCUACUCGCAACACAUGAGCCAUCGAUAUUCCUACUGCAAACCCUUCAUGCAAGAACAAAAACUCGCCGAUGAUGAAGCCGCCCUUGUCGAAGCCCAGCCAAUGGAGAGC